AUGACCAAUCAAUCCCAAGACCAAUCCCCUCCAAAGCGGAUAUGGGCCUCCCUAAUAACAAACAUGUCCUACCUCCCAGGCCUUCUAACCCUGCACUACUCCCUCAACCACCCCUCCCCAGACCCAAGCAUCACAACCCAAUCCGCAACCCGAGAAACAGAAUACCCAUUCGUAGCCUUCUACACCUCAACCUUCCCACCCGAAGGCCUUAAAAUCCUCCAAAGCCGCAACAUCGCAUCCCAAUGGGUUCCCUCAGUAACACCUGCCAGCACCCGCAGCUACGCCAAAGACCCGCGCUUCGCCGAAACUUGGAACAAGCUAGUCGUCUUCUCGCUCGAGCAAUAUGAGCGCGUCGUCCUCCUCGACGGCGACAUCCUCGUCCGCCGGAAUAUGGACUCGCUAAUGGAAUUGCCGCUUGACGACGAAACCAAUGCUGAGGGUAGUCGGGUGUUUGCGGCCGCGCAUGCUUGUGCUUGUAAUCCCAUGAAGAAGGCGCAUUAUCCUGCUAAUUGGAUCCCCUCGAACUGCGCUUAUACAAAGCAACACUCCACUCCCACUGAUGCGCAAAGCAUCGCGCCGCCUCCCGGAUCCGGUGUCGGCAUGCUGAACAGCGGUGUGUUAGUCGUGCGGCCUUCCGCGCGUGUGUAUGGCGAGAUUACUACUGCGUUGCAGGACACAGCGCGGAUUGAGCGGUAUGACUUCCCUGAUCAGGAGUUGCUGUCUGAUGUUUUUGAUGGGCGGUGGGUUGCAUUGCCUUAUGUUUAUAAUGCGCUGAGGACGUUGCGGAUUGCGGGGGUGCAUGAUUCUAUCUGGAGGGAUAGCGAGGUUCGGGCUGUACAUUAUAUCUUCGCCACAAAGCCUUGGCAUGAGAAGGUUGUAGAAGGAGACUUGUCUGGGUUGGAUGAGACAUGGGUUUGGUGGUGGAGGGCUAAUUGGGAUCGGAUGAGGGUUGAGAGGGAGACUGGUGUUUUCGAUGGGUUUUCAGGGUCUGGGUGA